AUGCCCUUACCUUCUCGGCCUGCAGGAGCGAUCGUACCGGCCGAUCUGCUCUGGCGCCAUGAGCUCAAGGAGCACAAUGCGGCGCUUCUUCGCCGAUUGAACGCUUUCGAAGCGAAAUUCACGGACCAAGAAAGGCGUGUCCGUAAAGCAGAAGAAGCAGCGACAACAUGUACGGGUCUGACUGGGGUGCUUGACGUCGUCAAGAACGGAGUCGAUCAACUCGAGACCAAACAGCAAGAGUUUAUGACUGGCAUGCACAAGCGGCUCGUCGAUAUUGACAAGGAUAUAGGAGAGUUUAGGAACACACAAGAGAGAGUGCAGAGGCUCAUGUCGUCUUACCAAGGACUUGAUGAUAGCAUCGUGGAUCUGUCUUCGCUUGGUCCGCGUGUUGAGAUUGCUGAGAGGGAGAUUCUCGGGUUGAAGAACAGUGUGGGUCGGAAGCAUGUUCACGAGAUGGAGCAUCUAGACGCUCGACUUGAAGCGCUCGAGCUUCAACGGUCACGGGAGGCAGCACAGAUACGGGCGAUGCAGGACGACUUCACGAAGAGGUGCAAUGGAGAGGUUCAGAAAUUGCGGACAGAUGUGGUGAAGAUGAUGGAGGUCAGGAGACCCGUGGAAGUACAGUCGCCGUAUAUGCAGAUACCGAGGAGUCCGGAUACGUACACAAGAUCAACGAACCUAGCUGCACCUGCGAAUAAGCCCGCUAAUGGCGCUGCAACCACGGUUACUGCCAGGGCAGUCGCCUUAUACCAGACACCACACAAUCAUUCGCCGAAGAUGCAGCAUGUACCUCAUGAGGUUGAAACGCAGGGUACAACACAAGACAGUACGCAAACCAGAGAGAUUGAGGAUCUCGACUUGGAUACGGCCUUCAUUCCAGAUAUUUCGCCGUCAAAGCCGCAUAUGCCACCUUCUCACGCAAGUCCGAGGAAGAAACCCAAACUGCAUCACCUGGAAGCCCUACCGAAGCUCACACCAAGCGCACAACCCAAAGCCCAACCAGCGGCACAGCCAACGGCACAGUCAAAGGCAAGAUUAAAGGCACAGCCAAAAGCACAGCCAAAUAUUCAGCCAACUGGAGUCCAGACAAAAGCUGAAGCAACAGCCAAAUCCAAGCCAGGACACAAGCUACAACAUCUUAAUUCUAGUCCAGCACCGGAACCAGCACCGAGCAAGAUAGUUAAGCUCUCUGUUAGCACAAGCAAGAAGCGGCAAGGAUCCCCGAUCUCAGCGCCGAGACCUACUAAACAGGGUCCUGUGGUAUCUGCUACACGACAAAUCAAUGCAGGUCUUAAAAUUAUACCUCAGUCGCGGGAGAAGCAACAACGACCGUCCCAACCAGCCCGCAGGAGUCGUCGAAGAUCAGCAAAUGCCACCUUUUAUGAGCUAGGAUGGGACCAAACACAGCAACCUCAAAAGAAAGUGGGUCCGGUCUACGACAAUCCCAACAAGCCCUCCAAGCCUGUGAAGACUAAGCCACGUCGGUUGCCUCCCGUUCCUGAUGAAUGA